UAUCCUAUCCAAAGUUUCACGAACAAUUUUUAGCUGAAUUGACUUGUUUUAUGCUUUGUGCGAGUUUCGCUUGAGAUUAUGGGUUUUAGCGAGGCGUGCGUUUUCAGAAUGAGAAUUUGUGGAGAGCAAUCAGAGGUCAGGAAGGUCUGUCAACAGUGAGGGUUUGGAGUCUUUCCGCAAACUGGAGCUCGUCCUCGGUAGUCAUGAAGGUUGCAAUGCAGUAUCUGGUUCCGCAUGUUAUUGUGUUUACAAGUGGAAUCACCAAAUGCUGCACAUCCUCCCGACUACGCCCUCUCCAUGCUUUGUGUAAAACUCCUAGUUCAUCGUUCCUGGUAACCAGAGAUUUACGCUGGGCUUGCAAUUCAGUGUCAGGUUGUGAGGGAAGUGCAGUGCCUCGUUAUACAAGGGUUCGUAGCUUCUCUUUGGAUCAGCUGCGACUAGUCACAUCCCAAAGCGUAACUAUCGAUGAAGCCCCUGAGGUGCAGAUAACGGGUGAUGGCUUUUCCGCGGCCGACGAGCAGCCGCAAUCAAGUAUCGAUUCUGAGUCAAAACCCAAGAUUGCUGUGAAACGAAGGGACAUCGGUGCUUUCCAGCAACUUCCAGUAGUUUCCCCAGGAAUUGAAAUUCUGGGAACUGCAUUGAGGCGGACGAAGAUGAUCAAACCCACGAAAGGAAUACAGAAUGCUGCCAAACGGGAGCGGAAUCGGGGAGCCAAGCAGUUAGAUGCUCUAACUAAGGAGCUGACUAUUCCUCUGAAAGGGUACGUGAAGAAUUUUCCAGAGUGCCAGCAGCUACAUCCUUAUGAACAAUCGCUUCUUGAGCUCACACUUGGGCCAGGCACUUAUGAAGAGACUUUACGACGGGUUGAUCUCUUGCGCAAGAGGAUACUCGAUUACGGGAAGAAUUGUGCUUCUCUUUGCGCUAAGUCAACCAGCAAACGUGAGGCUGAAGAGCGGUUGGAAGAGGGAAUUACAAAGCUUGAAGACAUGUUCAAGAGGCAUGGGAAGGCCGUUGAUGACUUAAAGGAGAUUGCAAAGGUCUUAAGAGCAAUGCCUGUAGUGCAUCCUCGCACACCUACAGUAUGCCUUGUUGGAGCUCCUAAUGUUGGCAAGUCAUCACUUGUACGAAUACUUUCGUCUGGUAAACCAGAGGUUUGCAAUUAUCCAUUCACAACAAGAGGCAUAUCCAUGGGCCAUUUUUUUGUAGAUUCUGUUCGUUAUCAGGUGACUGAUACUCCGGGGAUAUUGAACCGCCCUGAUGAUGAAAGGAACAACAUCGAGAAGUUGACACUUGCUGCCCUAGCGCAUCUACCAACAGCUGUUCUUUAUGUCCACGAUUUGACUGGCGAAUGUGGUACAACGGUCUCUGACCAGUUCUCGAUAUACAAGCACAUUAAAGGACUGUUUCCUGAACGUCCAUGGUUGGAUGUUGUCUCCAAAGCCGAUCUGUUGGAAACUCCUCCAGCACACAUCCCUGCCUUGGAGGCAGAGGCAUAUGUGUUGGUGGGUCCUGCUGGUGCCCUAAGAGUGUCCACGCAAACAGAGCAUGGCCUUGAUGAGCUGGUGCGAAGAGUCCACGCUCUCCUUUCUGCACACUCAAAAACGCUUCGUGAUGAAGCUGGUGAAACCCUACCUCAGAAGAUGUCUACAUCUUCUCCUUCCGACAAAGACCCAGCAACGCCUUUCUAUUUUCCAGCAUGGCCACAUGCUCAAAAUUCAUAAACGUAGUAAUUCUUUAGUAAUUUCUUUUGGUUGGUGAAGAGCCAUUAUCAAGGUUUGUUCACAUUUUUCAGGCAUAUGGAUAGUAUAAUGCUCUAUGAUCUUAUAAUCAUCCAUUGUUUUAGCAGUAGGACUUUAUUCAAUGAUUGGAAUACAUCAUAGAGAAAGCAGUGUCCAUCUUGAGAGAUAGAUAGACUGUUUUGAUGAAAAUGCCGAGUCAUUGUUUUAUGUGGUGUUGAUAGUUGGGCUGUUAAUUUUAAUACAAGCAACGUGAAGGUUCUGUUGUUUAUACAUUAAGGAAA